AUGCCAUCCGAAUUUGAAAAUCACAUAAGGCGGAGAGAGGAAGAGGCAAUGGUGGUGGGCGUGGGAGAGGAAGAGGAAGGGGAAGAUCACGCGGCAGAGGUGGAGGUUUUCAACAACCUCGUGAUCCAGAUUGAUAACAACAAAGAACUAAUGAAAAUGUGUCAAACCAUUAGUGUUUAUUUGUGGCAACAAGGAAAAUAUGCCGCUGGUAGACCAAGAAAUACCAAUAGAGGUGGCAGUCAUGCAAGACUGGGUGAAGAGAGGAGGAUGCCACUUCUUGGGUACCGUAAACUUGUUGAAUUUCAGUCCAAAGAACCUCCUGAACUAUUAUCCACACUAAAUCACUCAAAAAGUGGAUUUCGGGAACUCUUGUCAUCAGACUCGUUGAAACCUGAUUGGAUCCAGCUUGUCCUUGCCUUGUUAACUAAAGCUUGCACAUGCAGCUCAUCGCCCCAGCUUUUGAUACAGCUGCUGAACAUCGUCAAAGACUCCAAAUUUCUGAGUGUGCACCUUGUAAUGUAUAUUGGCCAGAUGGGUUUAGAAAGUUCAGUCUACAGGCAAGAAGAAUUUAAAGAGCCCAUAAAAGAAAUGUUAAAGAUAUUUAGAGAGCUACUUAUAAGGUUACCACAGGCUGCAGUAGCCACUGUUCUGGGUCCCUUGUCAAUGUUACGUAGCACCAUUAUAAGACUUCAGGUGAAUAGUGACAUUAUUGAUGAAGAUAUUGAGCUUCAGCUGGCAGAGGUAAACAGCUUGAGUGAAGCCAUUUUGAAGACAGAGCAAGAAGGCGGCGCAGGAUGUGACAUGGCCGUAGCUUCUGAUGAUCAGCCCCCAUCCGAUGAUUUCAGAAAUGUUCCCAUUUUCCCAACUCAUGAUGACAUCAACUUGAAAGAAGAGCCAUUUCUAAGAGCAAAUAAAACACAUGGUAGAUACCAAGAUGUCAAUCAUUAUCUUGAUGUCCAGUUCCGUCUCCUGCGCGAAGAUUUUGUUCGGCCUUUAAGGGAGGGAAUUACAAAGUUUUCAAAUCUUGGAUCUAUCAACCGAAGAGAUGAACGUCUUCAAGACAUCCGUAUCUACCAUGAUGUCUAUGUGGUUAAUCCAGUGUGUACAAUCAAUGGAUUGGUGUACAGAAUACGUUUUGCUGUGUCCAAGCUUAAGGGGGUGAGGUGGGAGUCAACUAAAAGACUGAUCUUUGGUUCUCUUGUAUGCCUGUCCCAGGAUCGUUUCAAAACACUUCUGUUUGCCACAGUUGCCAACCGCAAUCCAAAAGACUUGGCAAAAGGGUUCUUAGAAUUACGCUUUGAGCAGAGAAGGGGAGAGGUUCACAGAAUUUCACCCGCCACCUCCUUCAUUAUGGCUGAGACAACUGCUUACUUUGAGGCGUGUCGCCAUGUUCUCUUUGGAUUACAGACCAUUGAGGAGGAUGAAUUUCCAUUGAAAAGAUAUAUAGUUCACUGUGAAAAUGAGGUGGCUCCACCAAAAUACCUGCUAGAAAGAGCCCGGAAUAAAGCUGCAUUUGAUUUAAGUCCACUAACAGAAGACACACUAGUCAAAAGACAGGAACCCCUCCUUCAACUUCAAGAUGACACAGGUAAUGAUGAUUACCUCCCAGUGGAGAGUGUGGCAGGUAAGAGUGCUCGGCAGGUGCUAGUACUUAUUACCUCGAGCUGGCCUAGUGCUGAGGUGUUCCACCUGGAUGAAUCCCAAAUGCAAGCCCUGAAGACAGUCCUAACCAAAGAGAUAGCUGUUAUACAGGGACCACCUGGUACAGGCAAGACGUACCUAGGUCUGAAGAUUGCUCAGGCGCUCCUUCACAAUAAAGCUGUGUGGGGUGGAGACACUCCUGUUCUAGUUGUAUGCUACACCAACCAUGCAUUGGAUCAGUUUCUGGAGGGCAUACACACUUUUAUACAAAAUGGUAUAGUCAGGGUUGGGGGGAGGUCAAAGAGCAAGGCUCUGGAGAAGUUUUUCAUCAGAAACCUUAAAGAUGAAAUGCGUCAAAACAAGAAGGUGCCCAGAGGAGUUCUCGAAGGUUUGAAUGAUGCAAGAUCAGAAAUGAAGGAAAUAGAGUUACAAAUAGAAAAUAUUGUAGCCCGUAUAGAGCAGACAGACCAAGGAAUCUUGCAUGAGGACACACUACGCCCUUUUAUUGACCAUGUCCACUACAGAAGCCUUACAGAGUUCAGACAACCUCAAGGAUUGGGUUGGCCAUUUGAACAAACUUCUCAAAGGAAUUCCAACAUGCUCGACUGGUUAGGGUUUGGAAAUAACCUGUAUUCCCCAGGGGAUUAUAGAGGGUUUGAAGAAGGAGAAGUCCCAGAAAAAAAGAAGAAAGGAAAUGAGUAUGAAGUAGAACAACUCGAAGAAGAGGAAGAAGAAGAGGAAGAAGAAGAAGAUGAAAAAGAGGAGGAAGUUAUUGAAGUGGAGGAAGAAGCAGACCUGUUGCAGGAGCAAAGGAUAAUUGAUGAUGCAGAAGAGGACGUUGAUUUUUCUAGAUUGAGGAGAAGGGUGGCCAUUUCUGAUUUUCCUCUUGCCCUUGAUUUUGAUACUUUAAGUAUCUCUGAAUUUGGUAGUACCAAAGACGGAGAAGAUAUGGGUUGGCAAGUGCAAAAUCGAACAUCCAAAAAACGCAAGAAAAUUCCAAUAGAUGGAUUUCGCAACAAGAAUGCAAUGUCUGAAGAUGAAGCUGGGCAAGUGGGCAAUGUCUGGACCCUUUCUGACAAAGAUAGAUGGCGGUUAUAUCACUUGUGGAUUACUAAAUACUGUACACAUCUUAAGGAAGGGAUAGAGGGAUAUGAGGAACAGUAUGAAGAAGUCUCAGCACGCAUGAGGGAAAUCAAGAACCAGCAGGAUUUGAUUAUUCUUAAAGAGGCUGCUGUGAUUGGCAUGACCACAAUUGGCGCUGCCAAGUACCGCAGCAUCCUCCAAGAAGUCCAGCCCAAGAUUGUGAUUGUUGAAGAAGCAGCUGAAGUGCUGGAAGCCCACAUUGUGACCUCACUUACAAAGUCGUGUCAGCAUCUCAUCCUUAUUGGGGACCACAAGCAGCUAAGACCAACACCAACAGUGUGUGAGCUGGCAAAGAAGUACAACCUUGAUGUGUCUCUCUUUGAGAGGAUGGUCAAGAAUGGCAUGCAAGUUGACUGCCUAAAGCUGCAGCACCGCAUGCGUCCUGAGAUUGCUACAUUACUCAGGCACAUCUACCCAGAGCUGGAAAACCACCCAAGUGUUGAGGAUGCUGAAGACAUCAGAGGCGUUUCAAAAAAUAUGUUUUUCAUUAACCAUAGCUAUCCAGAAGUUAAGGAUGGAGAGAACAGAAGUCGAUCCAAUAAACAUGAGGCAAAGUUUAUGGUUGCGCUGUGUAAAUAUCUCCUCCUUCAGGGAUAUGGGGCAUCGCAGAUCACCAUUCUAACCACUUACACAGGCCAGCUGUUGCAGUUCAAGAAAAUCAUGCCCAAGACAACAUUCCAGGGAGUGCGCGUGUCUUCCGUAGACAAUUUUCAAGGAGAAGAGAAUGAUAUCAUCUUACUAUCGCUUGUCCGCAGCAACACAGAAGGGAACAUGGGAUUCUUGGCAAUUCAAAACCGCAUUUGUGUGGUGCUAUCACGUGCCAAAAAGGGUUUUUAUGUAAUAGGAAACUUCAGGCUGUUAGCUGAAAAUAACAUGUGGAGCAAGAUAAUUUAUGACCUUCGAAAAUGUGGGUCUAUUGGAGAAGGGCUGCGGUUGUACUGUCAGAACCAUCCAGAAAAUGGGGGCAUUCUUGCCAAGACAGAUCUUGAUUUUAAAGAGGCACCAGAGGGUGGGUGUUUGCUACCUUGUGAAUAUCGUCUUCCUUGCAGACAUGUAUGCAAAAAGGUCUGCCAUAGCUAUGAUAAAGAGCAUGCAAAUUAUAGAUGCAUGGAGCCAUGCAUGAAGACAAUUUGCAAAAGGAUGCAUCAGUGCACCAAACUCUGCUUUGAAGAAUGUGGCAAAUGCAUGAAGAUGGUGGAUAAAGUCAUGCCUGCCUGUGGCCAUAAGCAAUCCGUUGCUUGCUCAGUGGACCCGUAUCUAGUGUCCUGUAAUCAGCCAUGUGAUGUAAAACUGCCUUGUGGGCACGAGUGCAGGAACAAGUGUGGUGAGGAACACACAAAGAAAUGUAACAAGGUAUGCAGACGUCUCUGGCCUUGUGGUCACGUUUUGAUGACAUAUUGCCAUCGUACUCCUGAGACUUUCCCAUGUCCUACACCAUGUGGGGCAAUGCUGGAGUGUGGGCACAAAUGUGCUGGAGCAUGUGGCAAAUGCAGACAAGGGCGACUACACAUGCCAUGCCAACAGAAAUGUAAUCGCAAUUUAGUAUGUGGACAUCCAUGCAAGGACACGUGCACCAAGAACUGCCCCCCUUGUCAGAGGCCUUGUGAGAACCGCUGUGUGCACAGCAAAUGCCAAAAGACCUGUGGAGAACCCUGUGUGCCUUGUAUGGAAGCCUGUUCAUGGGAGUGCAAACACCACAUAUGCAGGAAGCUGUGCAGUGAGCCGUGUGACCGUCCACCUUGUAAUGAACCUUGCAGCAGGAUGCUGAGAUGCAGACAUCCAUGUAUUGGCCUUUGUGGUGAGCCAUGUCCCAAAUUGUGCCGAGUUUGCAAUGGCGAGGAAGUGACAAAAAUAUUCUUUGGGACUGAGGAUGAAGAAGACGCUCGAUUUGUGCAACUCACAGAUUGCAAGCACUACUUUGAAGUCAGCGGACUCGAUCAGUAUUUUGCCAUGGAAAGCAGUAAUUCAACAAACAUGAGCAUUCAGUUAAAAUGCUGCCCUCUGUGUAAGACACCAAUUAGGAGAAACCUGCGUUAUGGCAAGCAGAUUAACACUCAGUUAGCAAAUAUAGAAUUAGUGAAGAGGAAGUUGGCUGUUGACAUGCACAUACUCCUUACAACUCACAGCCGUCUUCAAAGGGAAAUUUCUGACAUCAGACAGACAGAUCUGAUUGGCUUGUCUCAUGCGCAGAACAUCUUAGCUUAUUUUGAAACCAAGAUUACAGGUGGAACAGUUUCAGGCAAUCAUUUGGCCUUUAUUGAGAAUCAAAUCAACUUCAUUAAAAGGGUCUCUGGCAUGAAGGCGAAGCUUGUAGAUCAGCAGAAGGAAACCGAGAAAUAUGCCAGUGAACUCAAGGACAUUAUGAAGGAGCUCACAUCCCUUUAUUCCUGGAUCGUUCAGCCUCGCUCUCACAUGAGCCAGCAGGAGACAACCCAGUUCAGUGCAGAGACAACUCGCCUGGCCCUGCUGGGCAACUGGUUCAUCAUGAAAACCCAAAUAGAGAACAGCGGGAGGACCUUGCCCCCCGAACUAUCUGAUCAGUUUGAUCAAACGAAAACCCUACUGUGUGACAAGAAACCACUUUCUCCAGAAAGAGAGGCAAAAGUGAAGAGAAUAUACUCUGAUGUGAAGCAGGCCUGUCCAGCCUCGGGACUACGAAUCACAGACACAGAACGCCAGGAAAUAGUUCAAGCCAUGGGUCUGACCCAAGGGCAUUGGUUUAAGUGUCCAAAUGGUCAUAUCUAUGCAAUCGGAGACUGUGGUGGUGCCAUGGAAGAAGCAACAUGUCCUGAAUGUAAGGCUUGUAUUGGUGGACAGAGUCAUCGACUUCGGGAUGAUAAUCAGUUGGCUGGAGAAAUGGAUGGGGCUCGUCACGCUGCAUGGUCAGAGGCAGCCAACAUGGCAAAUUAUGAGGGUUUCUGAUUAAACAUCCAUGUGAUUAAUUUUUGUCGAAUUGAGAUGGAUUGUGGUACAAUGCAGGCAGAGUUACAAGUGAAUUGCUGAGACGUGGAUGAUUCUAAAUCUUCACCGAUUUGAUGCAUUUUAUUGGAACUGGUGAAUUCAAGUGAAAUGAUUCAGAAGAAAUUGGACACUUCUCUGGCAUCUGUAUUUAUAGUCGUGGUUGUGUAAUUGUUAUGAGAUUAUGUCACAUAGACUUUGUGUGCCAUGUAAUUAUUGUGUGUUGUGAUCACCAAAACUAACUGUAAUAUUUUGAAGGCCCCAUCGAAGUAUCUAGACUGUGACAAUGUGACAAUUGGAUAAACUGCUGCUGAAUUAAGAAGUGAACAUCGGCACACGACUAAAAGGGCAAUUUGAGAACUGACUGGUUCUUACGACAUUUUGACCUCAAUGACAAUUUUAGAAUUUGAUUUGUAAAAGACCAGCUGUAAAAUGUUGUGUUUCAAUACUUUUAAGUAUUAUAAUAUAUGUGUUUGUAGUAGAUGUACCCGAUAGGCAAUGGUUAAUUAUGAUAUGCGAUAAGCAGAAACUAUAACAUAUAAGCAUAUCAUAGUACGUACAAGUACGUGUGUUGUUUUUCAAAAUUGUUGUAUGUGAAAUCUAUAAUUUCCAGACAAAAAAUGCAUAGGACAAAAUGAAAGUAUCUUUAAAGUCUUUAUGAACGUAUGGAGACAUUAUAUAUUUCCCCAAAUACCUUGCAUAUAAGACCCUGUUGAUAAGGAAUAGAACAAAGCCUAUUUGCAACUGAUAUUUGCAACGGAUAAGUACAAAAUUGCGAGUAAUAAUAAUUUAAAAGGAAAUUGAGAG